CCAAUGGGCGCCAUGAGGGGUGAAAAAAGCUUGAGCGCUAGGCCCAAAGUGGGAAAGGGCCGCUGGUCGCAGAAAAAAAGAAAAGGAAGAGACUGCCCGCCCGAACUUUUUCUUCUUCUUUCUUUUCUUUGGGAAAGCUGGUCUCUCUCCAUCAACAGAUUGUUUAUCUUCUGUUGAUCAAUCUUCUCUUUGUUUUCUUGGAUACCCCAUUGUCUCUGAUUUCAGAGUCUCAUUCUUUUCAAUUAUGCCCAUUACCAACAAGGACGCCACGCCUGGUGCCGCCAUGAAGGCCGAGAUCGAGGACUACACCAAGGCCCUCGAGGUCGUAAAGACCUACACCACCAAGGAUGGUCUCGAUGUGGACACCCUCCUGGACUCGGAUAAGCACGGAGCUCUGACCUACAAUGAUUUCCUGCUCCUGCCUGGUUAUAUCGGCUUCCCUGCCUCCGAUGUUAGCCUGGAUACCCCUGUCACCAAGCGCAUCACCCUGAAGGCCCCCCUUCUGUCCUCUCCCAUGGACACUGUCACCGAGCACAACAUGGCUAUCCAUAUGGCCCUACUCGGUGGUCUGGGUGUCAUCCACCACAACUGCGCCCCUGAGGACCAGGCUGAGAUGGUUCGCAAGGUGAAGAGAUACGAGAACGGUUUCAUCUUGGAUCCCGUUGUUCUCUCUCCCAAAGCUACUGUCGGAGAGGCUAAGGAUCUGAAGGCCGAGUGGGGUUUCGGUGGCUUCCCCGUCACUGAGAACGGAACCCUUCGCUCCAAGCUGAUUGGUAUGGUCACUUCCCGUGACAUCCAGUUCCACAAGAACCUUGAUGAGCCUGUCACCGCCAUCAUGGCCACUGACCUGGUCACUGCCCCCGCCGGCACCACUCUUGCUGAGGCCAAUGAAGUUCUCCGCCAGUCCAAGAAGGGCAAGCUGCCCAUCGUUGAUGCCUCUGGCAACCUCGUCUCUCUCCUUUCCCGCUCCGAUCUGAUGAAGAACCUCCACUACCCCUUGGCCUCUAAGCUCCCCGACUCCAAGCAGCUCAUCUGUGCUGCCGCCAUUGGUACUCGUGAGGAGGACAAGUACCGUCUCAAGCUGCUUGUCGAGGCCGGUCUGGACAUUGUUAUCCUGGAUUCUAGCAACGGCAGCAGCAUGUACCAGAUUGAAAUGCUCAAGUACAUCAAGAAGGAGUUCCCCCAGAUUGAUGUUAUCGCUGGUAACGUUGUUACCAAGGAGCAGGCUGCUUUGCUUAUUGCCGCCGGUGCUGAUGGCCUGAGAAUUGGCAUGGGUGCCGGUAGUGCUUGCAUUACCCAGGAGGUUAUGGCCGUCGGCCGUCCCCAGGCUGCUGCCGUCCGCAGCGUCUCCGCUUUCGCUGCUCGCUUCGGCGUUCCUUGCAUUGCCGAUGGCGGUGUCCAGAACAUUGGUCACAUCGUCAAGGGUCUGGCCCUUGGCGCUAGCACCGUCAUGAUGGGUGGCCUUCUGGCCGGUACCACUGAAUCCCCCGGCGAGUACUUCGUUAGCAACGAGGGUCAGCUUGUCAAGUCUUACCGUGGUAUGGGCAGUAUCGCCGCCAUGGAAGACCGCAAGGCCGGUGGUAACAGCAAGGACAGCAAGACCAACAAGGCCAGCAACGCUGGUACCGCUCGCUACUUCUCUGAGAACUCCCGCGUCCUGGUUGCUCAAGGUGUUGCUGGCUCUGUCUUGGACCGUGGCUCCGUCAACAAGUUCAUCCCCUACCUCGUUACCGGUGUCCAGCACUCCCUCCAAGACAUGGGUGUCAAGUCUCUGGAUGAGCUGCACGACAGUGUUAACAAGGGCAUUGUCCGCUUCGAGAUGCGCAGCGCUAGUGCCCAGGUCGAGGGUAACGUCCACGGCCUGCACAGCUACGACAAGAAGCUUUACGCGUAAAUGCAAAGUUUUUUUUCUGAAUAAUGGAUGGUUAUUCCCGCUGUGAAUAUGACUUGAGAGGGAAUUUCCGUAUGAUGCUACGGGUUCGAAAAUAACAAAAAUGGGGUAUGAUAAGGGCUGGAGUUAGAUUCGAGGAGUUACGCUUUUUAUUUAAUGAGUAUCUAUUGAUUCAACGAGUUACUCGUUCAUUCAAAGUUUUUCCACAGUCAU